AUGAACUCGCGCAUAAUUCAAAAUGGUAUUAACGCACCAACGACGACGAUUAACAGUCAAUUACAGUUGCACCACCAUGAUAAUUCAGCAGCUGCCACUGUAUUACGAACCCCAGAAUUGAUACUACACAUUUUCAAUUUUCUCCCAACUAACUCGCUUCUUAAUGUUCGGAAUGUGUGUAAACAAUGGCGCGAAUUAGUGAAUUUGCCGCAUCGUUUCGCUCUUUAUAUUAAUCAAAUAAUGACGAAUCCACCGACAAUUUACGUGUUGAAAGAGAAGAGUUUUGAUAGUGAAGGACACAGCAAUAAGACCAUCGGAGUUUAUCUUAAUGAACUUACAGCGCUUAAUGCAAUGAUUCGACAUCAUAGGGAGUUCAUGCUGGAAAUGGAAUAUCAUUAUACGUCAAGUAUUGAUGGGCCUUAUAAAAGAUCUGCUAGACCAUUAGAAAGUGGACACGAUGAGCUUACCUACGAAUGGUAUGUCGAGAAAUUCGAAGAUGUCAUAACUCGGGUCGAUAACUAUCACGAGGUAGAGUAUGAUCCCGCAUGGGAUUGA